UAUAACAUAGUUUGUGAAUAGCUCAUCUGAAGGGCCCUUGGACAUGUGCAUCUUGGCAGACAUAUGCAACCACACCUGGAUCCCGGAAUGCGCGCUGGAAAGGGACGAGGACUAUUACAGGCUCUUCAUAGACGAGUGUGACAUGUUCGAGUAUAACUGUGACAACCAACUGCACUUCGAAGUAAGAAACUAUUCGGAGUGCUUCUCUCAAGGUCCUUGUCCACCAGCGAAAUGUCCUCCCACUAAGCAAUGUCCAAGUCACCGUCGAUUUCAUGGAAAGGACGAUGGUUUCCUGUUUUAUAGGAAGUCUUUGAAUCCUCCAACAAGGGCCACUCCACCACCAGACCUUCCGAAACACAUGCUCCACGGCAAGAGAAGAUAUACUCCAAAUAAAUACAAAAAGAAAUUACGAAUAGAAGAUUAUCCGCCAAACCUUUUGCUAAUGUUAAAAAGACAAUUGGAGAAUGAUGCAAAAAAAGCUAAAAAGCAAGAAAUGCAGAAAUAUAAUAGAAAAAGUCCCAUGCGAGCGUUGAAAACCAAUACUAAGGCUACAACCAAGACUGCAUCAAGGACUCCGAAUAAGCCUAAAACGCGACCUACUACUCGUGUGGUCACUGGAUUAACCACUAGUUUGUGGAUAACUAAGAUUAUAAAGACGAGUAUUUUUAUAAAAAAUGGUGUGAGAGUCAUAAAGAUAUUCAAAAGUAUCAAUAGACAUGUCAAAUCUACGAAACCGAUGAACACUGAAGAUUCUGAUUACUUACAAUGAAAACAUGAAAGCAGCUUUUUCAACUAAAGAAAUUACUUUGUUAUUAUAAAUUUAUUUAUUUAUUUAUUUAUGUACAACAAGAAAAAUUAGCAAAAAAAAAAACUUAAAAUAAAGAGAAAUUCAGUACAAGGGCACUACUUAUUUCUAGAGAAAUUUCUUCCAGCAGGCCCACGACAGGAAAGUGUAAAGAAAGGCAUUGGCUUGUGUACAUACCUAAUAUUUAAUAUAUAAACUUACAUAAACUUACUGAU